AAUGCGACUCGCAAAAGACCGCAACACGUUAUUUUAUGGGACCUCGCGGCCAAUCAGCGUGCGCUUCGCUUUCGAGUGAAACGCGAGCCACCUUUGAUGACAGAUGUCACGGCGUGCCAAAAGGAGGGAUUCAGCGCCUUAUCAGUACCCAAGCAUAUACCUACCCAGGAGGUCCCUCUAUUCCUUCCCGUACCAACAUUAUUCGGACCCUUCUCAGUGCCAUGACCAACACAUAGAUCCAUUACGGUGAUAACAUCAUAAUUUAUUACUCUGGCCACGGGUCGCACUAUUCCUGUUCAGAGUACUUCCAUAAUUGCGACUCGGACUCUGAUGAUGGGCAAGUCUCUGUUGCAGGGAGUGGAUCCAUAGAGGCCCUCUGUCCAAUGGACCGUAACACUCGAGACACCAACGGCACCGUUAUUCCUGAUUUCAGCGACCGCGAGAUCAAUGCAAUUCUUUUCUAAAUUUGUCGCAUCAAAGGAAAUCGAAUCACCUUGAUCCUAGACUGCCGUUACUCGGUGGCAGAAUCCGGAACUUACCCGGGCCAGGAGUUCGCACUGUCCCCCCGCUCGCUUCGCUCGAGGACAUGCUCGUCGCCACGGACAAAAGUUUGAAGUGCUUCCCUGGUUAUAAGUCCGUAUUGUCGGAGGACUGGCUCCCAGAUAUGGAUUCUCAUGUUAUGAUGGCAGCGUGUAGGGAGUACGAGUUUGUAAAGGAGAAACGCAGGAAGGAUGGGUUCAAUGGGAUUUUCACACAG